AAAGAUUAUUCCUGAUUGUUUUUUGUUGUCGCGUGCAGUAAAACCUGGAAUGCGUUUUCGUGAAGUCGGUGAAGUCAUUAAUCGCAAUGCGACAAUGUCGGGAUUCUCUGUGGUGAAAUCAUAUUGCGGUCAUGGUAUUGGGGAGCUUUUUCAUUGUGCACCAAAUAUUCCCCAUUAUGCAAGAAAUAAAGCUGUUGGUGUGAUGAAAGCUGGACAGACUUUUACAAUUGAACCUAUGAUCAAUGCAGGGGUUUGGCGUGAUCGGAUGUGGCCCGAUGGAUGGACUGAUGUUACAGCAGAUGGCAAGCGCAGUGCUCAAUUUGAGCACACACUUCUGGUAACUGUGCAGUUUAUGUUUCAUGCGUAAUAUGUUUCAACUUAUGUAACCGUCACUGCUCCAUCAUUAUUAGAAGACCUUUUUCUUUAUUCUUUUCUUAUGUGCAUAUA